ACCAGACGUACAGAGAAGAAAAAGAAGAGAAGAUCAGUUGCAAAGAGAAAGCGAGAAAGAUCAAUGGAUGCGUCGAAGACUAUCCCGCACGAAAUCGGUGGAGUGAAAAACGACGCACUCCGAUUUGGACUUCAUGGUGUUAAGAGCGACCUUGUCGGGUCCCAUCCUCUCGAAUCCGCAUAUGAAGAGAACAAAACGAGCCAGGAGAAGAUGAAGAGGACGGUCCUUGCCAACACUUACGGCUUCGCCUUGCCCACGAGGAUGGAGUUGGAACGCCGGAUCCUCUCCAGGUUUCAGAGGCCUGUUGGAGCAAUACCCUCUUCCAUGUUGGGUUUAGAAGCCAUGACAGGAGCUCUGGAAGACUUCGGUUUUGAGGACUACCUGAAUGAUCCAAAGGAAUCUGAGAGUGUUCGUCCAUCUAACCUGCAUCAUGGCAUGGAAGUGAGGCUCGGGUUAUCCAAAGGACCGGUGUGCCCUAAUUUCAUCUGAAUCAUUUGGCUGUGGUUAAUCAUCUUUUAAUCAUUCUGAUAGUGUACUUUAGUUACUGUUCUGCUUUUGGUUUAUGUUUGAUUUUCAUCUUUCUUAAAUCAAAAGUUAGUGUUGUAAACAUUUUAAAUCCUGAACAAUUUACAUUUUAAUAUGCCUGGUCCUUUUGUUGAUUUGAAUAGGUCUCACUAGGGUUUGUGUUGGGAAAAGUUCUUUUUGUCUUUAUUUUAUGGUAAAAUGGUCAAUUAAGCGAUGACUUAUCCAGAAAAAAUCAUCCGGACAAACUUGUAAAGUUAAAUAGAUAUUAUCUCACACACGUUACCGACUAAUCACAAGAAGAAAAAAAUUGUAAAGUCAAUCAUAUAUAGCAGAAUAUUCACUGGACAAAAACAUUAUACUCCCUCUGUUCCGAAAUUAUCUUCAUUCUUUUCUUUUCGGUCCGUCUCAAAUUUAUCUCCUCUUUCCUUUUUUGGUAAAGAAUAUGUGGUUCACAACCAUUCUUGCAGCUAUCCUAUUCAGCUUUGGCUUUCUCUGAUUGCAGCUAUCCUAUUCUGCUUUGGCUUGUAUGACCUAUCUGAGCCUGCAAACACAAUCGAUCACAAUCCCACUUCUGUUUUUGAUAGGUCAUGGAUGUUUUUGCUGGCCAAGCAUGAGAACAUUAGGGUUGAUUAGGAAUCUUCAUACACACACACAUUUCACUUUAGAAAAUUUACAUUUUGAUUUGGCUCAAAUUACAUUUGAAAAUACAUGCAGUUACAUUAGGAUUUGCCUAAAGUUACAUGUCUAUUAGCGUGAGUUACAUGUCAACUAGGUUUGGACUCGGGCCGGUUCCCCUUUUCCCUUACCCGUGCCCGGAACCGGUAGACCCCCCGGGUUAGGCCCGAACUGGAACCGG